GGAUCGUUGGAGCCCGAGGCUGGAGGGCACCUCGCCUGCACUGGCCUGUUCACCACGAUGGUGUCCGCGCUGGCUGAGCUGCGGCUCACACUCCCUCUGUCCCUCACUCCCUCUGUCCCUAUCUGCAGGCAACUCUCUGCACCUGUCCUACAUUGUCCAGACCCCUCUCCACAAGUCCCCUGGGCUCUGAGAAUCGGGAGUCUCCAGGGUUGAGGGUGAGGUCAGGUUGACCCAGGACCCUGGCCCUUCCACCUCCUCUGGGACCCGUGUUGCACAUCCUCUACCUGGAGGCUCAGCUCUCCCACCCCUGACCAAAGGGUGGGGGGGUGCUGUAGCUUCCGCCACCCCAGCACACCGUGAGGGCGCUCCGGGAGCGGUGUAGGAGGCGGCACUUGGGUUCUUGCCCUGGUGGUGUCAGGGUCCAUCCGGCCUGUUGUAUCAGAAAGCGGGGACUGGCCCCCAACUCCACUGAGCUACAGCAGCCCCGGACCCUGAAGGGGGUUAUCCAGUGGGAAUGGGGCGGGGUCGCGCCACAGAGGGGUGGCUCUACUCAGAAGUUUGCCCCAAGGCCUGCCAGGCCCAGCACACUUCCCAGGCACACCCAUUCCCUCCUGUUGCCUCUUUCGGCCGCAGGGGGCAACCCCGGGGUCUUCACUUCUGGAGGACUGGGGAGGCAAUCUGCUUCCUCCAGGCCAGAUCGUGUGUUCUCGGUCCUCUACCCUGUCACCCUCCCCAGGUGCCCCAACACCAGGUCUCCCAGAACUGGGGGACCUGUUUCCAGGGUGUUGCCAAAUGCAACACCUUUCCAAGAUCACAUACUGUCUCCACUACACCAAGGAACUCUCGGAGAAGUCCCCCAAAGCCCCGGGACCCCAACAGCCAGGCGCAUGGCUGGCCUGAAGCCCUAAUUCGGUUGGUCUCCAGGAACUCGGCCUGCAGAAAGGAGGCCAGCCCAGGGCCCAGCAUGCUGCGUGACAUUGGCACAUCUUUGGCCUCAGUUUACCCAUCUGUGUAUUGGGACCACAAUCUCAACUUUUUAUUUGGGGGGCUCCAAUUCCACAUGAGCUCACUCAGAGAUCAUCUAUCCUUCCUCCCUGCCCCGUCUGAAUUGUGACCAGCCCGGACUCGGGCACACCCGAGUCAGCACGGACAGAGAAUAUUAACGCCCUGAGCCAAAUCGAUGUGAUUUCUGUGUUUCAGUCUAUGCCCCAUCCUGAGCCCGGUCCCUAGUACAUUUUUUCCUUUUGUCAUGCACGUUUUCGCUUUUGUCUAACUUGAAUCCAAUCCACUGUAGCACCUCCUUCGCACCAACUCAGUCCACGCAGUUACACCUUCCGUAGGUGGUUUUUGUGGACCGAUCCGGCCCCAGAGCAGCUCUUCUCCCUCUCUGGGAAGGGAUCUAGCGGGACAUGGCUGAAGCCCGCCAGGCUGUGGGCUUCCGACCCUCACUGACCUCGGAUGGGGCGGAAGCGGAGCUCGGUGGUCCGGUGCUGCGGGAGAUCUACCUGUCCGGACUGCGCUCUUGGAAAAGGCAUCUCUCCCGGUUCUGGAACGACUUUCUCACUGGUGUGUUCCCUGCCAGCCCCCUCAGCUGGCUCUUCCUCUUCAGUGCCAUCCAGCUCGCCUGGUUCCUCCAGCUGGACCCUUCCCUAGGACUGACGGAGAAGAUUAAAGAGUUGCUGCCAGACUGGGGUGGACAGCACCACAGGCUUCGAGGGCUCCUGGCGGCCGCACUGUUUGCGUCCUGUCUGUGGGGAGCCCUGAUCUUCACGCUUCACGUGGCUCUGAGGCUGCUUUUGUCCUACCACGGCUGGCUCCUCGAACCCCACGGAGCCAUGUCCUCACCCACCAAGACUUGGCUGGCCCUGGUCCGCAUCUUCUCCGGCCGUCAUCCGAUGCUCUUCAGUUACCAGCGCUGCCUGCCACGCCAGCCCGUGCCCUCCGUGCAGGACACCGUGCGCAAGUACCUGGAAUCUGUCCGGCCUGUCCUUUCGGACGAGGACUUUGACUGGAUGGCGGGCCUAGCGCAGGAAUUCCUGAAGCUGCAGGCAUCAUUGCUGCAGUGGUACCUGCGGCUCAAAUCCUGGUGGGCGUCCAAUUACGUCAGUGACUGGUGGGAAGAAUUUGUGUACCUGCGCUCCCGGAACUCGCUGAUGGUGAACAGUAACUAUUACAUGAUGGACUUCCUGUACGUCACCCCCACGCCAGUGCAGGCUGCUCGAGCCGGGAAUGCUGUCCACGCCCUCCUCCUCUACCGCCACCGCCUGAACCGCCAGGAGAUCCUGCCGACUUUACUAAUGGGAAUGCGGCCCUUAUGCUCUGCCCAGUAUGAGAGGAUAUUCAACACGACGCGUAUUCCUGGGGUCCAGAAAGACCACAUCCGCCACCUUCGGGACAGCCGACACGUGGCCGUCUUCCACCGGGGUCGAUUCUUCCGCGUGGGGACCCACUCCCAAAGCGGCCUGCUCUCCCCUCGGGCCCUGGAGCAGCAGUUUCAGCGAAUCCUGGAUGACCCCUCACCCGCCUGCCCUCACGAGGAGCAUCUGGCGGCCCUGACCGCAGCUCCCAGGGACAUGUGGGCCCAGGUGCGGAAGUCACUGGAAAGCCAGGCAGAGGAUGCCCUGGAGGCCGUGGAAGGGGCCGCUUUCUUUGUAUCGCUGGACUCUGAGCCUGCGGGGCUCACCAGGGAGGACCCUGCAGUAUCGCUGGAUGCAUAUGCCCAUGCCCUGCUGGCUGGCAACGGUCAUGACCGCUGGUACGACAAAUCCUUCACCCUCAUCGUCUUCUCCAAUGGGAAGCUGGGCCUCAGUGUGGAGCACUCCUGGGCGGAUUGCCCCACCCCAGGGCAUAUGUGGCAGUUCACUCUGGCCACAGAAUGCUUCCAGCUGGGCUACUCGGUGGACGGCCACUGCAAGGGGCAUCCGGACCCCUCCCUGCCCCAGCCCCAGCGGCUGCACUGGGACCUUCCAGACAAGGUCCACACGUCCAUCUCUCUUGCCCUGCGGGCAGCCAGGACCUUGUCUGGAGACAUCGACUGCCAUGUCUUUCCCUUCUCCCACUUUGGCAAGAGCUUCAUCAAACGCUGCCACCUCUCCUCAAACAGCUUCGUCCAGGUGGCCUUGCAGCUGGCCCACUUCCGGGACAGGGGUCGAUUCUGCUUGACCUACGAGUCUACCAUGACCCGCUUGUUCCUGGAAGGCCGGACAGAGACCGUUCGGCCUUGCACCCGGGAAGCCUGCCACUUCGUGAGAGCCAUGGCGGACAAGGAGAAGACAGACCCACAGUGCCUUGCCCUGUUCCGCUUGGCGGUGAAUAAGCACCAGGCUCUGCUGAAGGCAGCAAUGAGCGGACAGGGGGUUGACCGCCACCUCUUCGCACUCCACGUCGUCUCCCAAUUCCUCCGCCGCCCGUCGCCCUUUCUGGACCAGGUUCACUCAGAGCAGUGGCAUCUGGCCACGAGUCAGAUCCCUGUUCAGCAAACCCACCUGUUUGAUGUCCACAAUUACCCCGACUACGUUUCCUCCGGUGGUGGAUUUGGGCCUGUCGAUGACCAUGGUUACGGUGUUUCUUACAUCUUCAUGGGGGAUGACACGAUCACCUUCCACAUCUCCAGCAAAAAAUCAAGUGCAAAAACGGAUUCCCACCGGUUGGGGCAGCACAUUGAAGAUUCCCUGUUGGAUGUGGCCGCCCUAUUCCAGGAGGGGCAGCGGCUGAAGCGAGGGCGCAGAGGGCUUGGGCAGGAGGACUCGGGGAGCAGAUGUGGGUCUCUGUCCUGCCACACUAGGGGCUCCAGGGCACCCACGCCAUCCACCAACUUUUGAUUCCUCCCAAUGGGGAGCUGGUCUCCCCAGGACCCAGUGGGAGGGUCUUACAGCUGGGCUGGUGCAGGACGGAGGUAGCCUGUUUGGGUUUGGAAAUCCCACACCUGGUCCAAUAAAGACGUGUGAACUGGGUGUGUGGUAUCGCUCUGCUGUUGGGCUGGGCAGGGGCGGAGGAGGAGCAAAGGUGCCAUCCAUCCCCAGGCCGACCGUGAGUCAGCAGUUACCAUCACAACUUCAGUGACAAGCCCUCCUCCCAGCCCUGUUUACUGCAUUCCCACCUCCAGCUUCCCUAACCCAACCAUCCAGUUCCAGUUAAACAAUCCCACAUGCUCUCAGCUCAGCCCCUGCUGCUCCAGCGCCAACUGUCCACACUCUGGAGCGCAAGUGUCUUAUCAAUACCUCCAAUGCACUUACCAAUUCUUCUCCAGUUCACGUGAUGUUAAUUGAUCAAGUGAACUAGCGUGGUGGUGUGAGGAAUACGUGAGCCCGCACUGUGAGCCACUUAAUGCAAUUAAGAAUUGUUAACGUCCUGUGAACCUGGGUUGGAAAACUUAACAUUGCAAAGAUGUCAGGACUAUCUAAAGUGUUCUAUGGAUUCAGCGCAGUCUCUGUCAAAAUCCCACUGGCAUUUUUCACAGAAGUAGGGAAAUCCACUCUACUUUGAAGAGCUAGAACCAUCUUGUAAAAGAAGAACAAAGUUGGAGAAGAAUCAAACUUCCUGACUUCAAAAUUUGUUUUAAUGUUACUAUAAGCAAAAUUGUGUGAUACUGGUGUAAAUACAGACACAUGGGCCAAUGGAAUAGAAUAGAGAGGCCAGAAAUAAACGCUCAUAUGUAUGGUGAGAUGAACUUUGACACGGGUGCCAAGAAUGCUCUGGAAACCCUGGAUCAAAAGUCUGGGAAAACUGGAUCCCAACAUUUAAAUGAACAAAGUUGGACCCUUACCUCGCCCCAAAUGCAAAAAUCAACUCCAAAUGGAUCAAAGACCUCAGCGUAAGAGCUAAAACUUUACAUUCUUAAAGCAGGAGAAAAACUUCAUGCCCUUGAAUGUGGCGGUGAUUUCUUGGAUAAGGCAGCAAAAAGGAGAAAUAAGUCGGACUACAUCAGCAUUAAAAGCUAUGCCUCAAAGGACAAUCAAUGGAGGAAAAAAGAAAACCCACAAAAUGGGAGGAAAUAUUCACAAAGUGUCUCACUAGGAAUUAAUAUCGGGAAAGCCUACAGCUCAACAACAACAACAAAACCAAACAAUGUCAGUAAAAGUGGGCCAAGGAUUUGAAUAGACAUUUCUCCAGAGAAGAUACACAAAUGGCCAAUAAGCCCAUGAAAAGAUGUUCCUGGUGGUUGCCAGGAUCUGGGAGGAGGGAGGAAUAGAGAAUGAGGAGGUUUUGUUGAAUGGGCACAGUUUUCUCAUUGGGAUGAUGAAACGUUCUGGAAAUGGAUAGCAGUGGUGCUCACACAAUAACGUGAGUGUCAUUAAUGGCACCGAAUUGUACAGUUUUAAUCCCCCAAGUAAUAUUUUGAAUAAUUUCACUA